ACUAGAGCGCGCCACGCGGGGCCGGAGCUCGGAGCCGCCGCCAGCUCCUCGGAACCCCUGAGCAGCCCUGCGUCCCCGCCGACCCCUGAGCCCCACCCCAGGCCCCCGCCCCCCACGCGCGCGGCGGCCAUGGCGGCAGUGCGCGGGGUGCCCCUGCUUGGCUGCCUCCUGGCGCUGCUGGCGCUGUGCCCCGGGGGGCGCCCGCAGACGGUGCUGACGGACGACGAGAUCGAGGAGUUCCUCGAGGGCUUCCUGUCGGAGCUGGAGCCGGAGCCCCGGGAGGACGACGUGGAGGCCCUGCCGCCCCCUGAGCCCACCCUGCGCGUCCGCAAAGCCCAGGCCGGGGGCAAGCCGGGGGCACGCCCGGGGGUGGCCGGAGAGGUGCUCCGGGAAAAGGCCAAAGACAAAGGGAAGAAAGGCAAGAAGGACAAAAGCCCCAAGAAGGACAAGCAGCCGCUGGAGGCAUCCCCCAGGCCACCCAAGAAGCCCAAGGAGAAGCCACCCAAGGCCACCAAGAGGCCCAAGGAGAAGCCACCCAAGGCCACCAAGAGGCCCAAAGAGAAGCCACCCAAGGCCACCAAGAGGCCCAAAGAGAAGCCACCCAAGGCCACCAAGAGGCCCCUGGCUGGGAAGAGGCCCCCCACCCAGACCCCCUCAGAAGCCCCGUGGUGGCCACUGCCCCCACCCCUCAGCCCCAGCCCUGGGAAGCUGCUGCAGGAGGGAGCAGAUGGUGCCCUCCCAAGUGCCUGGCAGGGUCCAGGAGGAGAGACCCACGUGGAGCGCCAACCUGAGCCGGAGGACGGGAGCGAGCAGCCCACGCUGGACUACAACGACCAGAUCGAGAGGGAGGACUACGAGGACUUUGAGUACAUCCGGCGCCAGAAGCAGCCCAGACCGCCCCCCAGCAGGAGGAGGCCUGAGAGGCCCUGGCCCGAGCACCCUGAGGAGAAGGCCGAGCCCCCUGGGCGGAGGCCCGACACUCCAGAGGAGAAGGAGAGGACCGAGUUGCCUUUGAAGCCCCUGCCACCCCCGCUGCCCCCCGACUACGGGGAUGGCUACGUGAUCCCCGACUACGACAACAUGGACUAUUACUUCCGGCCUCCAGACCCCCAGAAGCCCGACACCGAGCUGGAGACUGACAGAGAGAAGGAGGAGCUGAAGAAGCCCAAAAAGGAGGCCAGUGGCCCUAAGGAGAAGGAGACGGAUGACAAAUGGACAUUGGAGAAGGACAAGGACCACAGAGGGCCCCGGAAGGGUGAGGAGGUGGAGGAGGAGUGGGCUCCAGCAGAGAAAGUCAAGUGCCCCCCCAUUGGGAUGGAAUCGCAUCGCAUCGAGGACAACCAGAUCCGGGCGUCCUCCAUGCUGCGUCACGGCCUGGGAGCCCAGCGGGGCCGGCUUAACAUGCAGGCUGGUGCCACCGAGGACGACUACUACGAUGGGGCAUGGUGCGCCGAGGACGACAGUCAGACCCAGUGGAUCGAGGUGGACACCAGAAGAACCACCAGGUUCACGGGUGUCAUCACCCAGGGCCGGGACUCCAGUGUCCAUGACGACUUUGUGACCGCCUUCUUCGUGGGCUUCAGCAAUGACAGCCAGACGUGGACGAUGUACACCAACGGCUAUGAGGAGAUGACCUUCCACGGGAACGUGGACAAGGACACGCCCGUGCUGAGUGAGCUCCCAGAGCCAGUGGUGGCCCGUUUCAUCCGCGUCUACCCCCUCACCUGGAACGGCAGCCUGUGCAUGCGUCUGGAGGUGCUGGGGUGCCCCGUGUCCCCUGCCCACAGUUACUACACACAGAACGAGGUGACCACCACUGACGACCUGGACUUCCGGCACCACAGCUACAGGGACAUGCGCCAGCUGAUGAAGGUGGUGAACGAGGAAUGCCCCACUAUCACUCGCACAUACAGUCUGGGAAAGAGCUCACGUGGGCUUAAGAUCUAUGCCAUGGAGAUCUCGGACAACCCAGGGGACCACGAGCUGGGGGAGCCCGAGUUCCGCUACACAGCUGGGAUCCACGGCAACGAGGUCUUGGGCCGCGAGCUGCUGCUAUUGCUCAUGCAGUACUUGUGCCGCGAGUACCGCGAUGGGAACCCCCGUGUGCGCAGCCUGGUACAUGACACGCGCAUUCACCUGGUGCCCUCGCUGAACCCUGACGGCUACGAGGUGGCAGCGCAGAUGGGUUCAGAGUUCGGAAAUUGGGCGUUGGGGCUGUGGACCGAGGAGGGCUUCGACAUAUAUGAGGACUUCCCGGAUCUCAACUCUGUGCUCUGGGGAGCAGAGGAGAGGAAAUGGGUCCCUUACCGGGUCCCCAACAACAAUCUGCCCAUACCUGAACGCUACCUCUCCCCAGACGCCACGGUGUCCACAGAGGUCCGGGCCAUCAUUGCCUGGAUGGAGAAGAACCCGUUUGUACUGGGGGCGAACCUUAACGGCGGCGAGCGGCUCGUGUCCUACCCCUACGACAUGGCACGCACACCCAGUCAGGAGCAGCUGAUGGCUGCGGCCCUGGCGGCUGCCCGCGGGGAGGACGAGGACGAGGUGUCCGAGGCUCAGGAGACCCCAGACCAUGCCAUCUUCCGCUGGCUGGCUAUCUCCUUUGCCUCCACCCACCUCACCAUGACCGAGCCCUACCGGGGAGGGUGCCAAGCGCAGGACCACACCGGCGGCAUGGGCAUUGUCAACGGGGCCAAGUGGAAUCCCCGAUCUGGGACCAUCAAUGACUUCAGUUACCUGCACACCAACUGCCUGGAGCUGUCCAUCUACCUGGGCUGCGACAAGUUCCCUCACGAGAGCGAGCUGCCCCGAGAGUGGGAGAACAACAAGGAAGCUCUGCUGACCUUCAUGGAGCAGGUUCACCGUGGUAUCAAGGGGGUUGUGACGGACGAACAGGGCAUUCCUAUUGCCAAUGCCACCAUCUCCGUAAGUGGCAUUAACCACGGUGUGAAGACAGCCAGUGGUGGUGAUUACUGGCGCGUCCUGAACCCGGGUGAGUACCGUGUGACGGUCCAGGCGGAGGGCUACACGCCGAGCUCCAAGACCUGCAAUGUGGAUUAUGACAUCGGGGCCACCCAGUGCAACUUCAUCCUGGCUCGCUCCAACUGGAAACGCAUCCGGGAGAUCUUGGCCAUGAACGGGAACCGGCCCAUCCCCCACAUCGACCCUUCGCGGCCCAUGACCCCCCAGCAGCGGCGCCUGCAGCAGCGGCGGCUGCAGUACCGGCGGCGCCUGCGCAUGCGCGAACAAAUGCGGCUCCGUCGCCUCAAUGCCACUGCGGGACCGGCCACGCCCUCCACACCGCCCCCUGCCACCCCCACACUGCUCCCCACCCCAUCCCUGAUCCCCUCUGCCGACCCCAUCUCCACCCUGGGGCCCUGGCACUUUCUACCUGAGACUACAGCUGACUGGGAGGAGUCUGAGACGGAGACCUACACGGAGGUGGUGACGGAGUUUGGGACUGAGCUGGGGCCGGAGGAGGAGGAGGGGGAGGAGGAAGAGGAGGAGGUGACAGUCGCAGGCCCAGAGUUCCCCUUCACCACAGUAGAGACCUAUACGGUGAACUUUGGGGACUUCUGAGAACAGGUCUGCCAGGGCCAAGAGCCCUGCCAGUUGUCAUGUCGCCUGGGCCAGCUGGGACCUGUGUGCGGCACAGGUGUGACCAACGCCCAAGAGCCGCAGGCUCGGGAGAGGACGGCCGGGGAGGCUGGCUGGGGGCAGGCCCGGCGAGCCCCGGAGAGACUUCUCCACCACCUGCCCAGGCCACACCAAUAAACCAAGCUCAUGGCA